AUGUCAUUUGCAGUCUCCUCCGUCCAAAGCCUCGAGGCUUUCUUACCAGAGUCGUUUGCCGUUGGUCAAAGCCCGCUUAUGCAGGCGGAUAAUGCCUAUCAUGCAAAUGAUAUAGUCCUCAAUUCCAGCUUUCCAGUGUUGACCCUCGACUACGGCACCGAAGUCGGUGGAUUUCCUUUUGUGGAAGUUGAGAGCCCUAGCUCAGCUGUCCAGAUACAAUUGAAAUAUUCAGAACCCUAUUCCGGCCUUGAAUUGCCACAGGGCGAUGGACCUUGGCUCUUUACCAAUGGACUUAUGAAUUCCUUUCGACAUGAAACCUUCAACAUCUCUCAUUCAGGGACGACCGAGUCUUAUUUUAUCCAGGGUGGUCUUCGAUGGCAAUCUAUCACACUCAUUGGCGAUACGCCUCUCACCAUCCGAAAAGCUGGUCUGCGGCCCUCGGUGAACAUAACCGAUCCUGAAUCCCUACCAGGGAGCUUCAGUACAUCCAAGGACAUGUACCAGCAAGUCUGGAACCUAGGUGGACGGGCUGUCCAGGCAGCUUGCGUCGAAAAGUAUUCCCAGCCAUCUACUUGGGAUAUUUCAGACCAAGGCGCCUUUAUAAGAGGACAGUUCCCGGCAGUAUCUGCCCUUGGAAAUGGCUUUGGAAAUUAUACCUUGGAAUUUCGCACAAAAAUCUCGACCGGAGGCACGGGCUGGAGGGUUGCUGGAGGUGCGAAUGGGGGAUACGGCCCUUAUUUUGUGCUGACAUCCAACCAAGAAGAGCUAAUCAGCCCCAACAUCACGUCGCUCCCUCGGAAUUCUUUGGUGGCAGGAUACGGAUUCACUCUAAUCAACCAAACCAUCUUGAACUCGGCAGUCCCGCGCAUGUACGACAUUCCGGCAAUGACCAUUGAGAACGAUAAGUGGUACCGAAUCAAAACUUCAAUCAAUGCAACCGGUUAUGCAAUUUCUGUCGAUGAUCAGCUUAUUGCAUUUGUUGAAAAUCAAUAUUUCCGCAGCUACAUCGAUUCUACAUGGGGAUCUGGUAGCUUGACUGAUGGUAAUUUUGGAUUUGGUCCUUACCUGAGUCAAGCUGCUUAUGUGCGAGAUGUUCAAGUUACAGCGGCAAAUGGCACUUUGAUUUAUGACAAUCCGCUAACAUCAACUGAUAUCCUGCAAGAGUAUGCUAUUGCUAGCAAUGAAUAUGCGAUGUGUCUUGAUGGCGCCAAGCGGGAUCGAACUGUUUGGAUCGGUGAUUUCGCUCAUACCGCACGCAUAAUUGCGGUUAGUAGCGGCCGAUAUGACUUUAUCAAGAGUAUGAUUGAAUUUGAAUUCGAUUGGCAGUACCCACCCGGGCCUGCUCACGGCUUAGUCCCUAUACAAGCUUAUAUGGGAGCUGGGCAAAAGUAUCGCGAGGUAUACUACCCCUCAGAAUUUGGUGAAACAGACUAUCAGUUCUUUUUCCUCUUAGUAUUGACCGAUUAUUUUGCCUUGACAAAUGACCGCGAUUUCUUGAGCGAGAAUUGGAACGGAAUCAAGCUUCUAGUUACUACCCUGGUUGAUCGUUAUUAUGAUCAAACAUCUGGCCUCAUGGCUAGCCCCGACUCUUCGUGGUUUACAGCCCAGGGAUCACAAAAUGCAACUGCCCCAACCGCUUUAUUCGUUGUUGCUCUGAACCAGUUGAUCGAUGUGGCAAUUUCUUUGGAUGACCCUUCAUCUGUUUCUUCCUGGAAAGAUCUCUCCCAGAAUAUUAGUGCCGCCAUCAACGACAAGCUCUGGAAUCAAUCUCUUGGUGCAUAUAGCCUUUCCCUUAACCAACCAAAUGAUACGGCUAUUCUCGCAACAGCAUUCACAAUUCGGGCGGGAAUUGCAUCGCCUGAUCAUGUUGCUAGCAGUGUUGCGCGAUUAUCCGAUACAUUUCUUUCAAUUGGCUACAAGGACAACUCGGCCGCAUCAAAUGCAGCCAGUACCCAGCUUUCACCAAACACACAAGGCUUCCUCCUUGAAUCCUUAUUCCUCGCACACACAGAGUACGGAGUUUCGGCUAGUGAAGUCUUACCAGCGAUCCGAAAUCUAUCAGAAGUCUUUUGGCCCAAGAUGAUCACCCAGAAGGAAUACUCCACGGGUGCUAGCUGGGAGUAUCUUUACCAGGAUGGCAGUCCUGGAAUUGGUAUAUUCACGAGCUUGAGUCAUCCUUGGGGAGGUGCACCAACUUACAUUUUCAGUAACUACAUUCUUGGAGUUCGAACAGAAUGGAAUGCUCAAAAGAAAGAGUACGAAUGGAUUUUCGAUCCUGCUUGGGAGAUCGCCGAGGGUCUUGGUUUGGAGUGGGCCAAAGGAAAGGUUCCGCUAUCUAGUGGAGGUUAUAUCCAGGCUGAGUGGAACUUGUCAGCACAGGCAAGAAAUGCUACUUCGAAACCAAGGAUGAAUGCCACAGUGGUUGGGAACAAGGCAAUUUCGAUCACUGUCAAGGAAAGAAAGAUUUAG